CAAAAGAUAAAAAGAGAAAAAAGAAUCAGCGCGACGCGUUCACGUUCACGUUCACGUUCACGCGUCGGUUGUUUCACAACGAGAUGAUCAAACGCGCAACGCGUAUCUUUUGAACCAGGGUGACUGUUUCUUACCAAGAAACUAUGUAGAGCACAUAACACACAUCACACACAUCACAUAAACAUACACACAACUCUCCCUCCAUCUUGAUGAAAACUUGAUUCCACACACACACUCCCUCCUUCCCCUCGAAUGUCACUUCAUCUUUAUCCAUUCCUCAUUCGGACAGUUCAUUCACAGGCUCAAUUCUUUAAUUUGUCUCGAUUCAAUACCGUUCAUCAUUAUCAUCGGACAUUAGCUUUUUCUGCUCGUUCUAUUGCAACUACAACUAUUACCCUAAGGACUGCUGCUACAGCCAAAAGAUUAUUACCAAGCAUGAGUACCAGCCUUGAAUAUACCCCUGACCGUGCUCAGGAAUUGGUAGAUAACCUGUCAGAUGUUGUCAAAAGGAUGGAACAGACUUUACAGAGCAAAGGAGAUAAUGCACAGAAGGCACGACUAGUGGCAGUCAGCAAGUACAAGCCUGCAUCCGAUAUAUUGGCUGUUUAUGAGAAAUCUGGACAUUGCCACUUUGGUGAGAAUUAUGUUCAGGAACUAGAAGAAAAGAGCAAGGAGUUACCCAAAGACAUUCAAUGGCAUUUCAUCGGAUCACUUCAGUCUAACAAGUGCAAGAUUGUUGCGGCAAUCCCUAAUCUGUUCGUUGUGGAGACUGUGGACAGCGCAAAGAAGGCUUCGACUCUGGAUAAGGCCUGCGUGAGUGCUGCUCGAUCUGAACCACUUCGUAUCUUUUUACAAAUCAACACGAGUGGUGAGGAUACCAAGAGUGGAAUGCUUCCAAAUGAGGCCCUAGAGGUGGCACAGCAUGUUGUUUCAUCCUGCCCUCACCUUAAGCUGUCCGGUCUAAUGACAAUUGGAUCACCAAAUCCUGACUUGGAUAACGGUGAAAAUCCAGAUUUCAAGACACUAAAUCAAUGCAAGGCGACAAUUGAAGAGGCACUCAAGAUCACGGACCUGGAAUUGAGCAUGGGUAUGAGUGAUGACUUUGAAAGAGCUCUUUUACAAGGAUCGACUAAUGUUCGCAUAGGCAGCACUAUCUUUGGAUCUCGUCCCAAGAAGACUACUGUCCAGUAGUGGCGGUGGCAGUGGCAGUGGCAGUGGCAGUGACAGUGGCAGAAGCAGCAGUAGCAAAAGUUUGU